GUUAUGCUUGCCGUAACAUCUCCACCUCCACUGCUCUUCAGACUAGAACCCAUGUUAGCUAUGAUAUCAAAGGAGAUGUUGCUGUUGUACGCUUCAACACACCAAAUUCAAAGGUGAACACUCUAUCCAGACAACUGAACUCCGAGUUUACUGAUGUAAUGAAUGAGAUCUGGGCCAAUGAAGCUGUCAAAAGUGCCGUCCUCAUCUCUUCAAAACCAGGCUCUUUCAUUGCUGGAGCAGAUAUCGACAUGAUUGAAGCCUGCAAGACUUCUCAGGAAGUGACUCAGCUCUCUCAGGAAGGACAGAAGAUGCUAGAAAAAAUUGAACAGUCUCCCAAGCCCAUAGUUGCUGCCAUCAGUGGUUCCUGCCUGGGAGGAGGGCUGGAGGUUGCCAUCGCCUGUCACUACAGAAUAGCAACAAAGGACAAGAAAACAAUCUUGGGAACACCUGAAGUGUUACUGGGUCUCCUGCCAGGGGCAGGGGGUACUCAGAGGCUGCCAAAGAUGGUGGGACUUCCUGCUGCCUUUGAUAUGAUGCUGACUGGAAGGAACAUCCGUGCUGACAGGGCAAAGAAGAUGGGUUUGGUUGACCAGCUGGUGGACCCACUAGGUCAGACGUAAUGCCUC